UGUGGAUAAUACUGCAUAGGCAGUAGGAUUUUGACAAGUACCAAAAAGUAGGGUUAAGAAUUGGCUGUAAAAACAUGAUUUAACGUCUCCAAAACACACUGUAGGGCCACAAGAGUGUUUCUAACAUGAUGGCGUCUACUAGUAAAAUGAAAAAGAAGAAGAAAUUCCGAGCAGUGAGUCAGAAAGUGAAGAUAUUUCGGUCGAACGAUCCACUUCUUGGGGUGUUGAUGUGGGGAGUGAAUCAUACGAUUAAUGAGCUUUCCACAUUGAAUGUCCCUGUAAUGCUGAUGCCAGAUGAUUUCAAAGCUUUCUCCAAAAUCCGUGUAGAUAAUCAUUUAUAUAACAAAGAAAAUUUACCAAGCCAUUUCAAGUUCAAGGAGUAUUGUCCAAUGGUGUUCCGUCAUUUAAGGGACCGCUUUGGAGUUGAUGAUAAGGAGCUGUCUAAUGCAUUCCGAGUGUCACCAAUAGCAUGUGAAAGUCCAGGACGAUCUGGAGCAAAAGUUUUUGUGUCCAGAAAUAAGAAAUUCUAUGCUAAAACUAUUGAAAGUGAAGAAGUGGAGAGGCUACAUAACUUUCUACAGGAAUACCACCAUUUUAUCGUAGAAAAACAUGCCAAUACUCUACUACCACAGUACUUGGCACUGUACAGAAUCACUGUUGAUGGUAAAGAAACAUAUAUGCUAGUGAUGAGAAGCGUUUUUGCAACAAGACUGAAAAUACACAAAAAAUAUGAUUUAAAAGGGUCUACUGUGGAUAGGCAAGCAAGUCAUAAAGAGAAGACAAAAGACUUUCCAACAUUUAAAGAUAAUGACUUUGCAAAAGAUAAUGUUAAGAUUGUUGUGGGUACAGAGGCAAAGGCAGCCUUAUUAGAGAAAGUGAAAGAUGAUGUAGAGUUUUUAACAAGUUUAAAUAUAAUGGACUACAGUCUGCUUCUGGGUAUUCAUGAUUGUGAUCUAGCUGAUGCUGGUGACGAUGAAGAUGAAGUAGGUGAAGAAGGAAGGUGCGACAGUAAUGAAGAGAGUGACCCUGACUCUCCCCAAGAUGGAGAUUUGUCCACCUCUCCUCCUGACACUCCACCUGCUAUUGAUCAUGAACGUUUUCGCUCGCUGAGCAUUGGGAGUGCUGAAUUUGAAGAAAAAGAAGGACGUAUCUUUUCAUUGCAAAGUGCUGAAGGAGGAAGAAGAGAGAUAUACUUCAUGGGUAUUAUCGAUGUUCUUACAUAUUAUGGUGCUGGAAAGAAAGCUGCUCAUGCUGCAAAAACUGUCAAACAUGGGAUUUCAGCCUCCAAGACUUGGAGAAGAGUCUCACUAACUAACAAUGAAGGCAAUUGGUCUGCAAACCAACAUAGGGCUGGUGCAGAGAUUUCCACAGUAAAACCAGAUAAUUAUGCUAAAAGAUUUCUGGAAUUCAUUGAUAAAAUAGUAGAAUAGCCAAAUUGUCACAAUAGUUCUUAAAUUUAUAAUAUUGUUUAUUUCAAUUUUUCUUAUUGAGAGAUUCAUUGGAAAAAAUAUCAACGUACUUUAGAGACCCCAUUUGUUUUGAUUCUUACGUAGUUCUGUUCCUCUUAUUGAAAAUUUGUUUCAAAAUAUAUUUAAGAUCCAAUUUUAGAUUUUUCCUUAAAACUUGGUACUCAUACCUUGAAGCUCUUUUUCACUUCUUCAGAACUUGUAGAAUACCUUACUUUUUGUUUUACAAAAGGUUAAUUUUUUACUUUUACUUCUAUAGUUCUUUAUAUAUUAUAAAUGUAGAUGUUCAAUUGCAAAUAAGAGCAUUACUAAUUACCAGAUAAUAUACAAAUCAAGUUAUUCUGUGGUUUUGUCAAUCGGAUUGCUAAAGAUCAGAAGGUAGUUUUACACAGCCUGAAUAAGUUAUCCAUUGGAUAAGCACUAUCCAGCAAAUGAAAGCACUUUCCAGCAAAUUAAUUAUAGAAUCCAUAGGUUAUAAUCUGGUAGACAACUCCUAUACAAAUCAUGCCAGAUUUAAUUAUACAAGUGGAUAGUACUUAUUUAGGCUUCGUACAACUGGCCCCAGUAUAUUCAAACUUUGUUUCCUUCAGUUACAGGAUCAGUUUUAUACCUUAGCCUUGCUGACCUACGUAUUGUAUACUUGCAAUAUUGUAAUCUAACUAUUUGUAAUCAAAGCAAGUAAAUUAUGCAACAGAAUUAUGUCUCAA